AUGAUCGAGAGGAUGGUGCACGAGAUGGGAAAGCGAUGGGCGGAAAUUGCACGAAGACUAGGGAACCGAAGCGACAAUGCCGUUAAGAACUGGUGGAAUGGAUCGAUGAACCGGAAAAGGCGGGGAUUAGCAAUUCAAGCCAGAGAGAGCCUUACGCCAUCUUCCCGCACAUUGAACGGUCGAGUCGAACCUCCUUACCCCAAAAGUUCCAUGGCGAUACACGGCCCGUGUGAUCGAAGCCAUUACCAGGAUCCGAACUUUUCCACUCGAACAUCGUCCUGGGUGUCGGUUUCUCAACGUGGGCAGCAGCAACUCCCUCCCAAAUUGCUAUGCCCUGAGGCCGACGGAAGGCAACGAAGGGAGCCAUGUUCGUCGACUGAGUAUGAAUACGGAUCUCCACUGGGAUGGUCGAGGCAGAUGCUUGACCACCGGUCUCCGAUCAGAAACCACCGCCAUCUCAGUCCAAUCGUCACAUAUAUGCCUCCUACGCAUACGGAAUUACCUCUCAUGUGUUCUCCUUCUACCUCCGAAAUGUCAAACUCGACCUCAGCCGGUCCACCCUCAAUGGUUUCUGAUCACAAUUCCAUCUGUUCUGCAUCUCCUCGAACCGCAGCAUCCCCUUCGCUAAAUCCAGUGCCUGUCGAAAUUCACCCAGGACAAGACGAACGGCGUAGAGGCAGUGCCCCGACCUGUCGAUCACCUCCCAACCCGACAGGCCAUGACGAAAAUUACCACAGCUCUAAAAACGCUGAAUAUCACCUGGAACCAGCGGUUCCACGCCGAUGGGCCCCAGAUAUCCCUGCUGCAUACCCUCAGGAACCUUCACGGCCCCCGCAUUGGAAGCACCAACACUCUAAUUCCGCCCCUCAUAACCAGCUUCCUCCGGCUUCAGAGCCGCGAGCUCAUGUCCCAUCCCCACCUCGAGACUCGAGAAUGGGGCUUGAGACGCUGUUAAAUUAA